AUGCCACCAACACAGCUUCCAGCCUCGGGUAACCCAUUGGUUUUCUUCGACAUCACACUCGGAGGUGAGCCUCUUGGUCGGGUUACCUUUGAGCUCUUCAAGGAUGUUGUGCCUCGCACAGCAGAGAACUUCCGUCAGUUUUGCACUGGCGAAUCUAAGAACAGCCGAGGUCAGAGCCAGGGAUACAAAGGAAGUAGAUUCCACAGAAUUAUUAGCAACUUCAUGAUCCAGGGUGGAGAUUUCCUCAACGGCGAUGGCACUGGAAGCACGUGUAUAUACGGUACCAAGGCGUUUGCCGAUGAAAAUUUCACCUUAAGACAUACCCAGAAGGGUCUACUUUCUAUGGCUAACUCCGGCCCAAACACCAACGGGUCCCAAUUCUUCAUCACUACAGUUCCUACCCCUCACCUUGACGGGAAGCACGUCGUCUUUGGUAAGGUAGUCGAUGGUCUCGACGUUAUCGAGAAGAUAGAAAAGACGAAGACGGGUAGACGUGGACGAGACAUCCCAGACAUGGACGUCGUAGUAGCCCAAUGCGGCGAGAUGUAG